GCUUGAAUGUUUCGGUUCUAUUCCUCUUUCAGUUUUUGUUUAGUAGCUGUUGCAGUUAAAUCUAUGAUUAUAACGUAGUUUGCUCGAGCGUGGGUACUGUUUUAAAUUAAUAUUGUAAAUUAAAUUUAAGGAAAAGUGUAAAAUUUAAAAAUUCAAACAAUGCAUUUAAAGAAUUGAGACUUUCUGAAACGUCAUAAGAAAAUUAAACGACAAAACUUUGAAAAAAAUAGUAAAUACAUAGUGCUGAGCAUAAAGUUUUUGUUCUAGCAUUCGCCUUUGCGUCAUACAACCAAAGUAGACGAGAGAAUUCGCCAAAAAGUGACGCGAGUAAAAAUCGCUCUGCCUUAUGUGCUACUUCGUCUGUUUCAACUCAAACAACUGCAAAACACAACGGAUCGUAGGCACUGCUGGCGCAACACACGUUUAAAACUUUAUAUUUCUAAUUGUAGCCAAAGGUGGCUGCCCUAUAGUAAUCUUUCCUAGAAGUCAUAUAUACAUUGACAUGGUCACAUCGAAGUUCUCAGUUUUUGAAAAUGAUAACAGCAUUUUUACGAAAGUGGAAAAUGAAUUGAACCUUGAAUAAACGCAGCAACUGUGUAAAUAUCUACGUUAAAGCUAAACCAAUACCAUUUUUUUAAAUACAAAAACAUUGUAAAUUAGAAAUUACUCGGUCGAAGGCAAACAGAGAAAAUUCAUUUACAAGGAUUAAAGAAGCAAUAUUGGUCAUUUAGCUCACCUGCUAAAAUGGCCUCUUCUCCCACCCCAUCAUUGGACUCCAUACGUGGUACUAAUUCCAUAGAAUCUUACGGCGAACACACAGGCUACUUAUCUGACUCUCCACUUACGCUGAGCGGUUCAUCACCACCAGUUAGCGACUCAGCCAUUUGUGACGAAUUUACCAGCACUGGCUGCGUUAGUAAUCAGCAUCAUCCCAUUUCGGCUUCAGUAUCAUCUUCAUCGUCUUCGUCCAGUAGCGGCCUAAGUGGUUGCGGCAGCACAAGUAGUGCAAAUAGUACUAAUAGUUGCAACAGCAUAAACAACGGUAUCAGUGGUGGUGUACUUGGCGGUAUCUCUUGUAACAACAGUAAUGGUCCUGGCGUUAUUGGCAGCAAUUUAAACGGCAAAGGUAGUCCGUGCAAUAGUCUACUAGCCAAUAACAGAAUUGUAAGCGUGUCCACAGCUAACGGCGGUGCUGUACCUCGUUGCACCGCUUGCAAGAGUAAACAAUCGGAUGCUGUGGCGAGAUGUUUUGAAUGCAUCAGCUAUUUAUGCGCCAAUUGUGUUACAGCACAUCAAUUUAUGCAUUGCUUUAAUGGGCAUAAUGUCUCACUAAUAAGUGGUUUUGAGACGACCGCAAAUAACGUUACCACCGCAUCAACGACCCCAACAACUUCAGCCACCUCUACAAAUAUAACUACGCCCAGCAAUCUGACUGCAAACGAUAUAAAGUUAUCUAGUUCACUAACUAUGAUGUUGCAACAACAACAACAGCAGCAGCAGCAACAACAACAGAAGCAACAAAUCAGCAAAUUUUCACAAUUAUCGAAAAUGGUUUUGAAUUCGCAUCUUGUGGGCAAUAGUAAUGCUUCACUAUUGGGCGAUAAUGGCGAACAAUUAGAUAACAGCAGUAAUGGUGAGGAUUUAUUCGGCAACAUAGUGCCACAAUUACGCUCGACAUCGUUCUGUCUACGCCACAAAAAUGAACCAUUGAAAUUCAAUUGUCGCACAUGUUGCAAGAUGGCUUGUAACGAAUGUGUCCUGCAAGAGCACUCAGCCGGCCUGCAUGAGGUUGAGCAUAUACAAGAGCAUCAAUUAUCGACAGUGUUCCCACCAAAUAAUACGUCGACAACAGGAACGUUCAGCAGCCAACAAACCCCAUCCGAAACGGUGUUACAAACUGUAUUGAGCGAAUUGCGGGGCAAGAUUGCCGAAAUUGUAUCGUUGGUCAGUAGUAAUUCGGAUAAUAAUUCAAGCAAAAUAAAAAUGCAAUAUCAAAAGGCCCACAAUGAGGUCAAUGAGACUUAUCAAUUUUUCUGUUCGAUGAUUGACGAGCGUAAGCAGGAGGUUUUGAAGGAACUGGAAAACUUAUACAAUGCCAAAGUGGCAUCGAGCGGUGUUUGGUUGCAGCGCUCCAAGGAACUCAUCGAGAAAGCGAUGCAUACAUGCGACAGUUUGGAGCGUUCACCGAAAACUCAUAGUGUCACUGAUGUUUUAAUGUUGCGUAAAAUGCUUGAGCAGCAGCUACAAACCGCUUUAAUGGACAUGCAAAUGCCAUUUGAAUUAGAAUUCGUUUCAAAUUAUCAGUCCAUACAGGCGGGUGUACGCAACACGUUCGGUUACAUUCGACCAGGCAACGUUGAAACAACUAGUGGUCAAAUCGUUAAACAGCCACCAAUAGCCAGACCAACGCAGAGCUCGUCCAACAGCAGUAGCAGCAAUAGCAGUCUGAGUGGUGUGGGCUCAACACAUUUGCCACUCGGUUUGGGUUUGUCGACCAGUCUACUCGACACUUACAACAACGCUGUAGUUGGUAGUGGUGUAAACAGUGUUGGUGGUAUACUUGGACGCAACGGUAAUCAUAGUUUGAUUGGCAACGGUGGCGCUAAUAGUAACACAACUUUCGAAGAGCUGAUGGCAAAACGUUAUCAUAACCAUGGCACAGCUGUCAAUGGCGUUAUUGCACCUUACGUUAGUGUUAAUCCCUAUGAGAAAUGGAGUAACGGCGGUAGUGAUAAUCUCUUCUCAACAACAGAUCCAUUUUCAAGCGCACAAUUACUUAACUCACUGACUAGCAGUGUGGGCGCCGCUGCAGGUAGCAGCGCUCUCAGUGCACUUACUGUUCAAGCUAACAAUGCAUCUACCGAUUCGUUAAUGGAUUUAACUUCGAAACUGCUCUCAACCUCUACUUACCCACCUAAGUCACAAAUAAAGCGCCAGAAAAUGAUUUACCACUGUAAAUUUGGUGAAUUCGGUGUGCUGGAGGGGCAAUUCACCGAACCCAGUGGUGUUGCAGUAAAUGCACAAAAUGAUAUAAUUGUCGCCGAUACGAAUAAUCAUCGCAUACAGAUUUUCGAUAAGGAAGGCCGUUUCAAAUUCCAAUUCGGCGAAUGCGGAAAACGCGAUUCACAGUUAUUGUAUCCAAAUCGUGUAGCUGUAGUGCGUAAUUCUGGUGAUAUAAUUGUUACCGAACGUUCUCCAACACACCAAAUUCAGAUCUACAAUCAGUACGGACAGUUUGUACGCAAAUUCGGCGCGAACAUAUUGCAACAUCCACGCGGUGUCACCGUUGACAACAAAGGACGCAUCAUAGUGGUGGAGUGCAAGGUGAUGCGUGUGAUCAUUUUCGAUCAGAAUGGCAAUGUGAUUCACAAGUUUGGCUGCAGCAAGCAUUUAGAGUUCCCGAACGGUGUUGUGGUCAAUGACAAACAGGAGAUAUUCAUAAGUGACAAUCGUGCACAUUGUGUUAAGGUCUUCAACUAUGAGGGGCAGUAUUUGCGACAGAUUGGCGGCGAAGGUGUCACCAAUUAUCCAAUCGGCGUGGGCAUAAAUGCGAACGGUGAAAUUUUAAUUGCCGACAAUCACAAUAACUUCAAUUUGACGAUUUUCACACAAGAAGGACAAUUAGUGAGCGCACUGGAAUCAAAGGUUAAACAUGCACAAUGCUUUGAUGUGGCACUCAUGGACGACGGCAGUGUGGUACUGGCUAGUAAAGAUUACCGCCUAUACAUUUACAGGUAUGUGCAGGUCCCACCAAUUGUUAUGUAAAUGUGGAGUAGUAAUGAAAAUGAAAGCAAAACAAAACAUAAUAUUGAGUUAAAUUACUUAAAUUAAGUCGGUGUAAAAUGUAAAGGAUAUAAGCCAGCCGAGUGGCAGUUACCGAAACGAAAUGCAGUACCGAAGCGGUAAACGUUUUUAUUUUAAUGGUAAUCUUAAUAUUAAAUGUUAUGUGUAUUAGGUCGUUCAAUGGUAAGGCCACUUGCAUAAGAUAAUUAUUAUUACAAUUAUUAUUAUUAUUAUUAUUAUUAUUACUUUUUGCACAGAUAAGAUUGACACACAAUUAUGUAUUGUAUGUACCGAUAAUAGUGUACAUAUGUUUGUUGUACCCAGUUGUCCUGCUAUUUUUGAUACUUCCAAAGCAAAAAACAAGCAGCAAACCUACCAUAAAUAAUCAUUUGCUGGUGGUACCAACUGCUUUAAUGACCAUAUAUGUAGAAGUUGUACUGUUUUUGACACAACUAAAUGCUGCUAAAACUAAUUGAGUUAAGUAGAUACAUAAAUAUUGAUCGAAACAAAAAACAAAUAACAACAACACAAAUCUCAGCAUUAAUUAUAUUAGUGAAACCUAAUUAUAACCACGGAGACAGUUAAUAGUUUUCUUAUUAUCUACUUAUAAUUAUUUGUUAUUUUUUAUACUUUUUGCUUGUUUUUAUUUUAUUUUAUUUCUUUUGUAAUUUAUAUACGCACACGGGUUUGUUUGUUUUCUUAUUUUUAUUGAAAUUAUCACUCAUGAUGAUGAUGAUGACGAUGUAUGUAUUUUAGAGAAAUUUUAUUUCGAGCAAAGCAUUUCGAAAUGUUAGUUGUUUAUAAAAUUAGAUUUUUUAUUUAUAUAUAUACAUAGCUUUGGUUUUAUAAACUGAACUGAACAAUUUUGUGUGUAACUAAGAAAAGAAAAAAAAUGUUAAACCCUAAAAACUAAAAACGAAAAAAUUAACAAAUAUUCUGCACAAUAAAAUGUUUUUUGAUAAGCUGUUGAUGAAAUAUACUUGUGGGAAGAGUAAAUAGAAAAAUGACUACUUAGUUAAACGAAAAUGAAGCUAAAAAUUAAAUAAUAUUAACAGAAACGAAAAAAAACAUAAAUUUUGGCAAUCAAAUAAGACUUGAAAACAUAGCAAAUAGUUUGUAAAUUUGCAUUUGCAAGUAGGCGUUUUACUUAGUUAAAGAAAAAAAAUUAAACGUUUAUAUUGAAAAAAAGUUAUAUUCAUAGAAUGAAUUUAACUGUGGCAUUUGUUUAAUUUUCCAACUUUUUAUAGUAAUGUCAGACAUACAUACACACAUAUAUAUACCUCAUGUAUAUUAUAUAUAUGCAGAUAUGUACAUAUAUGUUUGUAUGCAAUUUUUUAUAAAACAUUAUUAGCUGUAUGCAUUGCACAGAUUGAAGUAUCAUAAACAAAAAACAAUUAUAUAAGUAUGACGUUUAAUGCUUAUGUACAAAAUAUUUGCUGUUGUUAAAUAUUUGUAGUGCAGUAGUUACAUAUUCACACGCAAGCGCAGCGGUUUUCCCCAAUCUACCCAAAAAGUUACAUAGCAACUAGUUACGCAAAACAAAAAUAAAAAAGAAUUUGUGCAUAUGUUUGUAAAAGUAUACUAAAUUAUCGAUAUAAACAAUAUUACUUGCAGAAUUAAUAUUAGCAGCUGUGUAUUUAUUAUGACAAAAAAACUUGAUAAACAAAAUUAUGCGAAUUGCGUACAUACUGUAUUUGCCAGUUCAUUUGUAGGUAUAUACAAUUUUUUAAAGUAAAAAAGUAUAAGUGGCCAAAUAUUAUUGUAUGCGAAUUCGUUUGCAGCGUGUUAAAAUGCAUGCCAUCAAAAUGAAAACUAAUAUAAAUUAUAAAAAUUUAAGCAAACUCGCACAUAUUCAAAUGUUUAAUUAACUUAAAUUUGUGUUUAAAAGUGAGAUUUCUGGUUUCCUUUUUUUUUUACCUGUCAACGGUUUGUGCGUUCUGAUGUCUCUAGUUGCCAGCACCUUUCAAUUUGCAGUGUAAUUAAAUUACUUUUUAUUACUAAUUUAAACUCAACGACAUUUAUUGUAUUUCAAAAUACUUCUUUAACAAUUAAAAAUUUGUUUUCCAUUAUUGCACUCAUUCAUAAAACUCGAAAUAAUAAAUUUUGUACGUUUUUCGAUAUAAAAAGUUCAUAUUUAACAUGGCAUUUUAUAAAAUGAAAUUCGUCUAUUUUGAUUGCUUGAUUAUUAAUACGCAUAAAAAUAAAAAAAUAAAUGGAGACAAAUGAAUUAAAUUAGUUGACUUCGAAAGUUAUUUGCUUAAAAUGUUAAAAUAAUUAAUUGUCAUGUAUUAACGAUAAAAAUAAUGCAGAAAUUUAAACCCUUUAUUCUUUGCAACAAAAAAAUUAUCUACAAUAUAACACAGAAGUCUCUAAAUGUUAUUUUUAAAUGUUUUACAUUUAACAGUGCCGUUCUAUAAAAUUCUGCUAUGCGAAAGUUUCCAUAUCUUACAUAUCGGCUAUCUAAAAAAUAUUAAAUAUUUUGAAUUCUUGUCAAUGAAAAGUGUUUUUUUCCAUUGUUUACCAUUGCAUUUGCUCAUCGAUUUCGUUUUACAAGCAUUAAAAAUCGAAAUCAAAAUAUUGUCGAUUAAUAUUGUCUGUUAUUAAACAAAUCACAAAAUCUUUUAAUGAUAACUGUCAGAAAUUCAUUGCACCAACGAUUUUGUUUGAUUAUGUGUGAGUGGCACGAAGUGCAACAUAAAAAAAAUUUACAAAAUAACAGUUUACGAAAAAAGUACAGUAUACAUAGAAAUACAUAUGCCGAACGCUUUUAAGAAUCUCAAAGCAUAAAGAUGUGUUUACAUACCUUCUUCAUUACCGAUCCAAUAUUGAAUUCUGCAUGCAUUACAUUCAACAUACAGGUGUGUCUAACGUAUAGGCGAAUGCAUACACAAUAAUGACUUCAAUUAACAUAAAAAUAAAGCUCAUAUCGUAUAAUGUGUUUAAAAGCAUUUGUUUACAAACUAUGGUAAACGGUGACAAGGAAAAAACUCAUUUACUACUGUUAUGAAUCGCGAAAAAUUAAUCAUAUUAAAUAGUAUAGCAUUUAAUAAAGAUACUGCAUCACCCCAGUAAUCGAACAUUUUUAUAUGCUCACACACAUUUUUUCAUGUAUACAUAAGAAAUAGAUGUAUUGUUACCGUUAUUGGUCUUACGCCAAUUAGUAGUGAGAUGUUUUGUAUAACUACAGCAACUACUAUGUGAAAAAUAGUGUAAAGUGGCAAAGAUUUGUAUUAAUGUUUUUCAAAAUUUGACUAAAAUAAAAAGUGUGUAAGCUUAUUAGUAAUAAAAAGCCAAAAAUUUACGAAAUCAAAUAUGUUUGAAGUGAGAGGAAUUUUUGAAAAAAAAAAACAAUAUUUUAUUAAAUGUUUGUAAUCAAUCAACACUGCUGCAAAUCGACUUACUACUACAUACAUACAUACAUUCUCUAACUCGAAUUAAACUUAUUGAACUGUUGUUUAUUAAAUUAUAUGAAAUAUAGAAAGGUUUUUAAAGCGAUGGAAAAUGAAAAAAAAAUCGUAAUAGUACGGACAAAAGGCACAAAUUAUUAUUAACACUGAAAGCAAAUGCGACAAAGAACAUAAGAUUGAGAAUUUAAUAAAACAAAAAACACACAAACAAAAAAAAAAACAAUUCGAAAUUCUGUAAGUAGUGUUUAUAUUUUUGAUAAAUGUUAUUAAACAAACCCCCGAAAUGAAAUACAAAUCCAAACUACAUAAAUAUGGUAGCAGUUAAAAGCGAAAUCUUUGAUACAUAAAAGUAAAAGCAAAAUUGAAAAAAAAUUAAACUAUAUAAUGCUAAAAACGAGAAUAAGCAACGUUGGUUGUUAAAAUGAAAUCUGAAACGAAAAAAAAAAACAUUGAACGCGAAAUGCGCAGACAUAUUAAUAUUGUUGCAAGCGUACAAUUGCAUGGGGACUAGUACCAAAAAGUGUGCAAAACAAAACAAAAGUAAACACUAAACUAAAUUAAACUAAUAUUAUAUUACUUUAUUUUGCAUUAUACGAUGCAAUAGCUAUUUGUUUGUUUGUUGAAAAGUUAUUUAAUUUUUAGUUUCAGCCUAAAAAACAAAAAGAAACAAAAAGUUUAGUCAAAGCUGCAUUAAAGCUAGUUUUUCAAGUUUUCCCUCCACCAAGCGUUUUAGUAUAUUACUAUAGAAAUGUAAAAGUUGAAUGAAAGUAUUGAUCUCAUUUGUUGUAUGUUGCUACCGACUAAAGCCAAUUUAAUAUCAAUGUUGUAGAACGAAAAAAAAACUUCAAAAAUAAUAUAAAUUAUGAGCUACGAGAAUGUAGUCAGUGCGCAUUGGUGUUAAAGUUAAUGCAGAAUUAUUAAAAUAACAGGUUUUUUCAUUUAAAAAUGAAUGCAGAAUGCAUUAUUACUGGCAAAUUCUUUACGUAACAGUUUUUUACAAUAAGCAAAGUUUUAUAUCAUUCUGUGUUGAAAAUACAUAUGUAUAUGUGGACUUUUGGUACAUUACGUUUUACGAAGCAGAAUUUUGGAAAAAAAGUAAAAAAAAAACUCCAAGAAUGUUAUUUCGAAUUUCGGUGCAAAUGCAAUUAAAAUACAUAACAUUUCGAAAAAUUUUUGUGGUACCAUAAUUGAAAUAAAAGAAUUGCGUUUUUAUGUGAUUAUAUGAAAUUUAUAACUUGCUUUUUUCACAAAAAAUUACUUGAUGAAAUAUGAAAAUAUUUUUAAAGUAAUUCUUAUUUGUUGUGCAUUAAAAUUCAAAGCUUGGAAAAGUCCACAUAUAUUUAUGUUAAUAAUGUAUACAUACUUAGCUUAUUUAGCAUACUUUAGCAAUACGUUGCAGCAACAAUUAGUAAAGUAUUCGCAUACGUGGGUGGUUAAAGCGUAGUUUUUGUUUUUUAAUUUCAUUUUUAAACAACAAUUUGAGGUCAAUUUAGGCUAAGAAAGGAGUUAAGUGUUUUGAUAAUCAAUUUAAACUGCAUCGCGUAUAAUUAGCUUGUAUUGCUUCGUAAGUUUUGUGUGCACACAUACAUACAUACAUGUGCUGGAGUGACAUGUGAAACGCAUAAAAAGCUGCAAGAAGUUUCCAUUUUAGCAUAUUCAUCAACAUGCAUAUGUGAAUGUGCAUAUGCUAUGACAAAGUGUAUUUAUUAUAGCAUAUUUUUUUACAAUUGGCAAUAAUGCACAUCCUAAACUUUCACAGAUCAACUGUCACACAUGUUGCAUAGUUACAGUUAGUUUAAAAUGGCAAUGCGCGCAUGCUAAAAUGUUAGUUUAUAAUAUAUUAGAUUUUUUAGCUGCGUUAUAUAAAUAUAUAUGUACAUACAUAUACCUUCUGAAACUAUUUCUACUAUAAAUCUACUAUAAUGUACUAAGUAGAUCCAUAGAAUAUGCACAUAUAUAUUUACGUACAUAUAUAUACAUAUAUAUGUAAAUGUUCGUUGGAUAAAUAUAUAUUAAAACUAUAUGACUGAUUUUAUAAACAUUCGUAUAUAUAUACAUACAUACAUACAAUACAUUCAAGCGUUUAAGUCGUAUGUGAGUUUAAAUGUUAUUUGUAAUAUCUAAAUAUAUAUACAUACAUACAAACGUAUAGAGUUGUACUAAAUACAUUAACUAUAUUAUAUUAUAUAUAUUUAUAUGUAUAUAUACUUACACACACACACAUUUUAUUAAAAAGAAAGUAGAGAUAUCCGUGUGAUGAUGCUUCUAAAAAGUGUAGUGUUUAAAUAUAUACAUAUUAAUACAGCGUUAUACAUGUAUAUUGCAAUCUUUUUUACAUAAACGUUUUGAACUCUCUUGGAAGUUCCGUAACGUUUGAGACUAAACUAAGUGAAAUACUACUUUUCAACUAUAAGUUAAAUGUUAAACGAAUUUAAUGUGAAUUUGUUUUUUCUGUAACUAAUUUAUUUCAAUUGCUUAAUUAGUUAUUCUGUUGUUUUUUUUUUGCAUUCAUAAUGCCUAUUCUAUACAGGGUUGAUAAUAUAUGGAAAAGAAGUUUCACUAUUUUGGUACUAGUUUUUAGUUAUUGGAAUUUAAAACACGACUGCGAUAGUGUAAGCUUACCAAAAACAAAUGUUUUACCUAUUGUGAAGUCUGCAUUUUCAUAUUUACAUGCAUAUAUACAUAUAUAUAUAUAUAUAAAUAAGUAUGUAGUACAUACAUACAUUGAUGUAUUGAGCUACUUUAAAAAAGUUAAUUGUUACUUAAAAAAUGAAAAUAAUAAUACUCCGUAGUAGUUUUUAUAAAUAUUUAUGUAUAACUGUUUUUUAUGAUUAUUAUUAUUAUUAUUAUCUAAUAUUGCUUAUAAUAAUUUUAGAUUUUUGUUUUUAGUUUUACAGUUGUAACGUUUAGACUGUUCUACCUAAUGUAAUAAUAAAUGCAAAAUAUAUAUAUACAUACAUAUAUACAAAGCAAAAUAUAACGAAAUGAAAUAUACAUAAAACAUUAGCAAAGUGUUGGAAGCGGUGUGAAAGUGUAUAAAAUUAAAUUGGUGAAGGCGUGGAAAAUAAAAUAAAAAAACAAAAAACAGUAUAAGCGAAACAAGUUUUUAGAACUUAUGAAGAGUGACUCAUUUAGGGAAUUUUUAAAACCGAAAUCUUGAAAUUUAAAAUUACGCACACACGCAUGUCACACAACAUACAGUGUCGUGUGAUAAGUGCCGUUGUGCAACUCCAAAGUUUCGCGAUGUUUUCUAAACAAACAAACAAAAAAAAAAAAAACAAAUAUAAAAUCAAAUCGAUUUAGAAUUGAAUUAUUUUUCUUUUCUUUUAACAAUUAAAAUGUUUACAACUACCAAUUUUAUAUGGUCGCGCAAUUAUUUUAUGCUCUUUAGCAUAAGUUGGCUUUUUAUAUGUAUAUGGUAUAUAUAUUUCUCCUGCCGAAAUAAAGAGUUUAUAACAUUAAUGAAAAAGUAAAAAAAAAAUAAACAAAAAAAUAUUAAUAUUUUUGUAUGCAUUUGUAAGAUUGAUGUUUACUCUUGUAGCUUUUAAGUAAUAUUGAAAAAACUAAAACAUACAUAGAAUGAACGUGUAAAACAAACCUAAAAUGUUUAAAUGUAAUUGUUGGCUUUUAUAUAUAUACACAUUUAAACAAACAAACAAACAUACAUACAUACAUAUAUAUCAUUACUUAAUAAGUAUGAAACGUGUGCAACAUGCAGUAAUAUGGAAAUACCGACCAAUAGACUCAUAAUUGCCUAUGUUUCUACUAAUAGUUUUAGGUGAUUACUGUUAAACUACCUAAAACUUAGUUUAUAUAAACACACAUGCUUGCAUAUACAAACAUAAAUUCAAUUCAAAUUGUGUAAAAACUGAGAUCAAUGCAUUAAUGUGUGUCAGAAUUGAUACUGCUGACGACUGCCCUAAUGUUGGCACUUUAUUUAAUAUAAUUAUAAUAAUAUUAUAAAUAUAAAACAGUAAUAAUAUUAAAAGGCUCUCUCUUGGUAUUUAAGUAGCAUGUGCGCGUAGUAAUGUAAUGAAAAUGAAAUUAAAUAUUGUAAUGAUUAGUAAUGUGCAUACAUCUAGGAUUAAACAGCCACACAUGCACAUGCAUAAAUUGUAGUUAUUUCUUAUUAUGUUUACUAUUCUUAAUUUCAUCACCUAUGUAUGUGCAACAACAAGUCGUGGUGUUCGUCCUGCUGUUGCACUUUUUACAUUUCUCAAAUAUUGUUGUCUAUUUUAUUUCGAAUUUUUUUCUAUUGUGAAUUUAAUAUUAAUUAUAUAUAUACAGACAAUUUUAAGUUUGUGUUUGUAAUUAAAUUGUCUGUAAUUUUUUUUAGGAAUUUAAAUAGAAACGCAUUUCAAUGUAGUGUGUUCUACAUAAUUAUAUACAAAAAUACAUACAUACAUAUAUAUGAGUCGUGUUAUUAUGCUUAUUUUAAUUUUUAAAUGUAGCAACGCUCCUAUUAGUUUAUGAACCUAUAAGAAACAUAUAUUCUUAAUUUUUGAUUUAUUUAUUGUUACACAACUGUAACCUUGAAAACAAUACAACAAAACAGACCAGCAUGUGAAAUGUUAAAGCAAGAAAGCCUCGUUACAAUGAAAUUAUUGUAAAGUACAUUAUAAAUAAGCAUUCAAAUAUUGCUUUGUUGAAAGAAUUAGCACAUUUAGUAUAUGAAUAUGAGUAUAUCUGACAUAAAAUGAAUUAUCAUAAAUAAUACUAAAAAUAAUUAGUGCAUUAUAUUUUUCUACCGCUUCGUAAAGUAAUAUAUAAUUGUCAAAAUAUGUAGUUAAAUGAAACAAAAACAAAAAUAAUAAUAAUAAAACAAAAAGCAAAACAAAAUGAAAAAAGAAAAAUAUGGAAAUACUGCUGCUUAACGUUGUACGCAAAGGAAUUUCCACACGCAUGAUGUUCCCGCCAAUAUUGUAUUGAUGCUGUUUAAACAUAAGAUUUUUUACAUUAAUAUUAUUGUUAAUAUAUUCUUCCUCGCUCCUCCCCUCUUCCUCUCCUACGCAACUACCUCUCCUUCGCUUUAUCCACAUACACAUCCUUCUAUCCCUUUACCCUUUACACUUUACGUUUUUUACUACCAUUCGGGUAUUAUUGCUAAGCUUAACUCUCACUAUCAUAUUCGUUGUAUCCUAUUUUGAAGUGUUCUCAAAUCUCUUAUGUAAAAGUAAAACAUUGUUUGUCUUAUUAUGUUUUUUUUUGUGUAUUUGUAUAUGCAUUUAUGAUUACAAUGUUGAAACUGCGUAGAAAAGCAUCAAGUAAGAUUUACGAUGGAAAAUUGAAAUGUGUUAAUAUGAGCAACGUUUUUAUAUAUCAAGUAUUUUUAUUAUGCAAUCUAUAUUUGUCCAUGAAAGUUAAUUUUUAUUUUUAUUAACUGUUUGUUUUGUUAUUUCUGUAUAUUUUUUGUAAAAGUAAAGUUUAAUUUUUGUUCAAAAAAAUUAUUUGCAUUUUUAUUUACUUCUUUCUUUUUUUCAGAUUUAGUAAGGUAGUUUUGAUCAAUUUGUUUAUACAGUUUUUGUAGUAUUUUUUUUUUUUUUUAAUUUUGUUAUCCACUACUAUUCAACUAGAAAUAUGGAUUUAGUUAUAUAAAAAAUUAUAUGUCACUUUAUGAACUACAGUUGAACUUUCAUAACUCGAAUUCUUGAAUUGGCAAUAGAAGUCAAAUUUCAUAUAAUCAUAUAAAUUACCUUUCAUAAUUCGAAGUCUCUCUAACUUGAAGUUUUUUUAUUUUGCCAUUUGAGUUUAGAGCCGGCGCAGUUUGAAUUUUAUUUUUAGUUUAACUCCGGUGAAUGCCUAUAAAAGCUAUGUAGAUGUGCCGCGGCUGCAUGCAUAGAACCGAAGAACGCAAAAUAAGCUGCACCGUUAGUUUAGACUUCAGGCAGAAAAGCAGAAAGCGCCGCUAGAAACUUUCUUCAAAAUGGUAAAUAUCUUACUAUUACUUAUGAGUGAAGUUUUUUGGGUGAUGUUCUUCAACUUAAUUCCAUUAUAGUCGGUAAUUAAUUCGAGCGAGUGAUUAUUGAGUGGGAAAACAUUUUGAUUAUCAUAAUUUGAAUGAUCUUAUUUUGCAGUUGAGGUUAAAAAUAUAAUUUAUUAUAUGUGAUUAUACAACAAAGGAUGUUGUCGCUGGAAAUACAUAUGUAUUUAAAAAAUUUUUUAAUUUACUUUUGUCUAAUAAUGAUUGUAAGGCGCAUAAUUUUCAUUAUGUCUUUAAUUCUUGUCAUGUCAUAUUUUUCUUUCAAAUUAAUUUAUGAUAAUUUCGAAAAUUGCAUGAAAAAAUCGAAGAAAAAUACAAACAAAAUACUAAGAAGCGCAAGUGAAUACAGGGAGAUUUGGCAAAGUAAAGUCUGCUUAUGGUUAAUGGUUAUAUUAUACAUGUGUGUGUAUGAAUAUGCUGACGCCAUAGUGAUAAGUGCAAGUCUACUUUGUCGGUACAAUUUUCAUGCUGGGAUGUUUUUUAAGUAUUUAUAUAUUCUAGAGGUUACUUACAAACAGUAAGUGGUGAAGGGGUAGUAAAUGUGUUUAGUUAAUACAUAUUUAUAUGUAGUUACAUUUGGCUGACUUGAACGCGUUGCAUAUGCGCUAAUUUUAAUAUUAAUUUUUUUUUAACUUUGAAUUUCUAGUCAUAUAAAUUUGAUUUAACUCUUGCAUUAGUAUAAAUACGUACUUUAAUUUAGCUAAUAUCAUCUGUUUAGAUUUUUUACACAAUUAAGCUUGUAUGUAGAUGUAGUAAAAACUAAAAAAUAUUAAAAAAAAAUUACAUUUAAUGAGUAUUAAAUGCCCGUUUUUUGAACUGUUAAAAUGCUAAUUGCGUAUUGUAGAACGAAAACGGCAAUGCUACUCUCUCAAUGAUCGAAUAUGCGAUUUUUACAUAUGCAUACAUGCAUAUGCACUUAAAUACAUUCUUAUAUGUACUCGUAUGCAUGUAUGUGAAAUAAAAAAAAUUAUAAAUAAAUAAAAAUAAAAAAACAUACCAUUUUGUCAAACACCAACAUUCUAAUAACACAUUGUGUGUAGUUGCCCAGCACAUUUUUAAUCCUACCAUAGUAUAUUUAUCCAAUAUUCAGUAAAUAUUUAUAUUAAAUAAAAUCAGUAAUACAAACAAAUAUAAAGUUAAAAAAAAAUACAUGAGCAAUUAUGAAAAUAUAUAUAUAUUUAAGCAUAUUUUGCAUUUAUAAAUUUUUACUAAACAAUAAACUAUAAUUACUAUUAAUGAAAAAUGAGAUCUAAAGCAAAAAGUAAGCAUAAAUUAACAAACAAAAAAGAAAGAAAAAAGCAAAAAAAAAAAAUAUAUAUACAUAAAUCAAUGUUAUUAAUUAUUGCUAACCGUAAGCGUACGAAUAUUUUUAUACCUUUGGUGAAACUCUACGUAUCUUACGUGGUGACCACGCAGUUAUUAAUUACUAUGAAUUUGAUAAUAUAUUAUUAUUAUUAUAUAUUUAAGAGAACAUUCUUUUAAAUGCUUAAGGGCAACUAAAAAAGAGUAAAAGCAGAAACAAAAUUCUGAAAGUAUUAUAAAAAUUUCUACUUCUUAUCACAAUAAAAAUAUUUUGUUUUUAAAUAAAACGCAAGCAAUGACUUUUAUUUCAUAGUUAGUAAGUCAAAUUAAUAUAUAUACAGACGUGUUCGAAAUAUUAAGAACAACCAAAGUGAGCAUAUAAAUCGACGAAUAAUUUUUUUUGUAAAAUGUUUGUUUUUUAACUUUUUUCGACAAACAUUUGUAUAAUGAUGGGACGCACAAAAAAACUUCAGAUAAAAAUAAUGAACUCAUCACAAAAAUCGCAAAAAGUCGCCGAUUUAGGGGCGUCCGGGCGGGUAAAAUAUUUAAUUCAAUUGCUAAUACAGUUGAUCUCCUUUUUACACGGUUUUUUUUACACGGUGUUUUUGAACACUUCCCAGUUACCAUUUUUACACGGUUUUGUUUUUUUUACACGGAUUUUUAUACUCUCGCAGCAAAAGUUGCUAAAGAGAGUAUUAUAGUUUUGUUCAUAUAACGGUUGUUUGUAAGUCAUAAAACUAAACGAGUUAGAUAUAAGGUUAUAUAUAUCAAAAUGAUCAGGGUGACGAGACGAGUCAAAAUCCGAAUGUCUGUCUGUCCGUCCGUCCGUCCGUGCAACGGAUAACUUGAGUAAAAAUUGAGAUAUCUUGAUGAAACUUGGAACACACGUUCCUUGGGACCGUGAGAGGCUUUCGAAAAUGGGCAAAAUCUGACCACUGCCACGCCCACAAAAUGGCGAAAACCGAAAACACAUAAAAUGUCAUAACUAAGCCAUAAAUAAAGUUAUAAAAGUUAAAUUUGGAAUAGAGGAUCGCACUAGGAAGGGGCAUAUUUAGAUGUAAUUUUUUUGGGAAAGUGGGCGUGGCCCCGCCACCAAAUCGGUUAUUUGUAUAUAACUCGCAAACCAAUAAAGCUAUAUAAACCAAACUUUCUGCAGUCAGUUCUCUUACGUACCCCACCACACCCCAUGAAAAUAGUUGAAAUCGGAUAAUAACCACGCCCACCUCCCAUACAAAGGUUAGGUUGAAAAUUACUAAAAGUGGGUUAACUAACUAGCGAAAAACGUCAGAAACUCUAAACUUCACAUAAUAAAUGGCAGACAGAAGCUGCACUCAGAUUUUUUUACAAAAUGGAAAAUGGGCGUGGCAUCGCUCACUUAUGGGUCAAAAACCAUAUCUCAGGAACUACUCGACCGAUUUCAAUGAAACUUGGUUUGUAAUAGUUUUCUUACAUCCAAAUGAUAUGUUGUGAAAAUAGGCCAAAUCGCUUCACAACCACGCCUACUUCCUAUAUACUAGAACUUUGAAGACGAUCUGAAUCGUUAACUUUACAAUAUAUAAAGGUAGCACUAGCGAAGAUAUCGAUGCAGAACUUUGCACAAAUACUACCUUUAUAGUGUGGAAGCCCCAUUCUAAAAAUCGAAAUCGGACCAUAGGUUUUCAAGGCCCCAUGUAUCGAACAUGAGGACCUCGGUGCUUCUAACUAAUACUAAUAUUAGGGUUUCCAACUUUCAAUGGACUUUAUACAAUAUAUAUGUAGAAUAUGUGGGUCAAAUUAUGUAUUAUAUAAUAUAAAUAAAGUUAAAGAAAUAAAGUGCGAGAGUAUAAAAUGUUCGGUUACACCCGAACUUAGCCUUUCCUCACUUGUUUAUUUUAAUUGUAUACUUUUUUGCAAUAAAUUCAAAAUUCCAUCCGUCAAUACGUCACAAAUCCAUUGCUGUUAAUAGAAUUUAAUAAAUUCUAAAUUAGGUUUAAACUAAAAAAUACAAAUCUUAGAUUCGAAAGCCAGUGAAAAGGUUGCAACAAUUUCAAUACGCAAACAAAUAAAUUAAGCUGUAUGAAGAGUAAGAAAAAGGAAGACACAGCGAUUAAUGACGGAACUUUGAAAAUUAUUAUUUUUUUACCAUUCCCAGAAUAGUUGUUGUUUGUUCCUUCUAACAGUAAUAUGUACAUACAUAUAAUACCAGAAAAGUCUAUAACAACAACAACAGUGAAAAUUCUCACUGUACGAAUAGAUAGAAUUGCAUGUAAAAUUAGAUCUUUUUUACACGUUUUCUAUUUUUUGCACGAUUUUUUUCUUAAAUUGGUCCCAAUAGUGAGUUUUAUAUAAAAAAUUGAUUCUUUUUGCACGGUUUUUUUUUACACGAGUAAUUUACUGUCCCAGUUAACCGUGCAAAAAGGAGAUCAACUGUAUUAACUUCAUCAACGAGAAAAGGGUUGUUAUCUGCUAACCCGAAAGCACGAAUUCCAAAAAAAGGACAUCUACUGAAUAGGAUGCACAUAGAACAGUAACUUCAAUUUGCUAGAAAUUUUAUGAAGGAACCUGUGUUAGUUGGACAUAAUAUUCUAUGGACCGAUGAGUCAAAUGUUGCUUAUUUCGACUCUAGUGAGGAAAAAAGAAUACUACAAGAAUAUUAGAUAAUCCUAUAAUCAGCAAUUAAACUCAAAAUAUACAAUGAAUGCUAUGAAUCAUGGAAACUUUAAGCUGAUGAUAUUGGGAUGUCCUAAUGGAGUGUUGCUAGGCCUCUGGUAAGUAUCAUAGGUAUUAUGGCCGCCAUUCAUUGUGUUAAUAGCAAUUUGGGGACUAUUGUCCUACCCUUUGCCGAAGGAUAUAUGCCAUUGUGAUGAGGAUAAUGGCAGAAAACAUGACUCGAAUAGAUCUAAGAAGUGUUUUCGUAGCAAAAAUAUUGAUCUAAUGGCUUAGUCGUUGUAGUAGGAGUUUAAUACAAUUGGAUGGAUGUGAAAAAUGGUGUAAAAGACUCGAAACCAAAAAAAUGUCCAAAAAUUAUAAAUAUUAUAAUAUGAAAAAAUACCAUGGAAAAUAACCCCUCUCAAUAUGCCGUGCUUUUGUGGAUUCCAUUCACUCCAGAUGCGCCGAAAUAAUUAGAAAUCGUUUAAGAACAACUUAAUAAUAAAUGCAAAGGCAUCAAUGAACAUUUAAACACAGUAAAAAUAUCUAUAAAGGCCAAUAAAACAGUUUUACGUUUUCACUUUGUGGUAAAGCAGUUUAUCGACGGAAUCAGUGCGCUCAAUUUUGAUCAAUAAGCAUAUAUUAACAAAUUGUGAGGAAUGUAUUGAGAAAUUGUAUUGUGAAGUUUUCGUGGCCGUUCGCAGCAUUCAAGAUUCUCUUAUGGGGCAGAAUGUUAGUGAAUGGGAGCAAGCGCAUCAAAUUAUCACGAGUAACAAAACUUCACUGCACUGAUCCUACUGCUUGAUUACUUUAAGUAUGAACGUUUCUCUGACUAAUGGUAUGAUUUCGUUGAGUAUUUCUAAAAAUGCAUGCCUUAACCAGUAGGUGGAAAAAAACCUGAAGCCAAAAGAGACCGUUUCAAGUCGACAAGUAGAAAUGUGUUGCCAAAACUCAUGUGGAAUCCGGUGAAUACAGUGGAUUAGAAUGGUUUCUCAAAUGCCGCCUUUCUGAAAAUAUCGUUCGGACUUAUUCAACAUAACAUGCAUAAUCGAGUGAAUUGCAGAACACCUAAUAAUACAAAAUUGUACGAAUUGCCAUUUAGGUUCCGAAUUGAAAUCGCGAGCUUUCCAGAACAGGCCUGUUUAGUAUAAUAUUGUGCUAUCCGCAUACUCCCUUGUUCUCUCGCUAACGUAGCUGAGAAAUGGUGGAACCGAUGCCGGCAACAAUUUCGUAAAAUGUCGCUGUCAAACUCAUGUUAAUUUAUUUUUCAAGUUCAAAGAAAGUCGUGUUUACUGAUUGUGACUACACUACAUAGGAGUUUAUGGCUGCUGUUACUGUUACAUCGUUAUAAAAUAUUACUCAAAUUGAUGUCAAUAUGAGAGGCCCUAGGGGACAUAAAACCGAAUUAUUUCUUUAUACGUAUCUCACAUUGUCAUGGAAGUGGUCGGUUCUCAAAAAUUUUCUCCAGUUUCGUUGCAAUGAAUCUGAAUAAAAACAGUGCUCCGGUAGUUAGUAGCAACAUUAGAUAGGAUAUAUUUACAAGAUUACAAGGAACAUUUUGGCAUUAUUGUAGUUGGUGUCUGUAUGUAAUAGUAAUAGUACCCAAGGUCGUGAGUCGAGUUUCGAGUUUUUCACAUCGAACUUUCCCCAAAGGCGACUAUAUGAGUGUUGUGAACGAACUAAAGUAAUUAUAAGUAUUCGUACAAUGUAUUUCGAAAGUAAAUCUUUUAUGGAGGUCUCUCUGCCCGGUACGUCUCAUUCGACGUUGUCUUUUGCGAUAUUGGUGCCAACGGAAGUGGGGUUAAAUACUUAUUGGAAUAUCCUAGAAUAGCAGAUGGAGAGCUCACAUUAGCGUCCAUCUGGAAAAUUUUGACACAUUUGUGUUUUUAAAGCUGGUAAAGUUCUAAAUAUCAAUUCUUAAUUAAAAAUUCCACUUGCAAGGAGCUUCCGCAAAUCUCGAAAAUCUUUAAAACCAUAUCUCUAAAUCCGACAUUGUCGAAACGAAGUACAGUGGAACUUCUCUAACUCGAAUCACUAAUCCAAGAAAAAACUCCAAAUUAGAGAGACUUCGAGUUAUAGAAUUUUCAUUAAAACAUAUCAAUUUUCAAAAAGCUAUAAAAUGUAGAUUUAUGCAUUGUUUUAUUUAUUUACUUCGCAAAAAUUUUCAUGGACAUACUUUAAAAGAUGUUUUCUGUAAUUUUGUUUGUUGCAUUUUGCUAUUGUUUGGCUCUUGACGUCUGUAUCUCAUGCCUUUGUUAGAUGAUUUGUGCAAUCCAUAAGUGUAAUAUUAUAUUUUUUUUGUUCGUAUCCGUACAAUAUGGAGGGACUCUUUUAAAAUUCUGCCUCGUUUAUGGCUUGUCGAAAAGUCCGAUUUAUAGAAGGAAAUUUGUAUGAAAGUUGCCUUCUAUUGGCACUUCAAGAGUUCGAGUUAUGGAGAACUUCGAGUUAUAGAAAUUCGACUUAGGGAAGGAAAUUUGUAUGAAAUUUGGCUUCGAAACGCUAUUGCUAUGGAGAACUUCGAGUUAUGGAAGUUCCACUGUACUUAAUUCUAAUACAACAUCUUAAACUUGAUUAAGUAAAUAGUAAAAACGGUGUUUUUAAUAAUUGCAACAAUAAUGAAAUAAUGUUUUAUUUAAAUACUUGUCAUACAAUGCUUUAACAACAACAGCAAUGGUUAUGCCAUGUGCAAAUAUACGUAUGUAAUAUGAUUAUUAGCAUACGUAUUAUAUAAUAAGGUGUGUAAGUGGGUAUAUCACAUAUAACUAUACAUUUACAUUUUUCGUUUUUGUUUUGAAAUUUAUAAUUUCAAAUUUACAAAUUACUAAAUUACUUAAUACCAUCAAUUCCGUUAGGCAGAAUCAAAUAUAUAACAUCAAAAAG